AUGCGAGAGGGGCGGGGCUUGGCGCUUGGCAUCUGUGCCAUGGCGGUCUCUCUCCUGCUUUGGGGAGGGCGAAUCCGAAUCCAGGCGCGUGAGGCUGCCCUUCUCAAGGCAAGGGUGUUUCAAGGAGAACUGGCUUCUACGCUGCCCCCGUCUACAGAGUCAGAGAAGAGUAAAAAGGUAGCAGGCCCAAAUGGCAAGACAGAAAGUGUGCUCAAAGAGCCCACGCUGGCUCCCGAGCCGGCUGACACCACCACCUACAAGAGCCUGCAGCAUCAUGACCACAACACCUUCCUAGACCUGAGCCUGGACCUCUCCAAGUUCAGGCUGCCACGGCACUGA